AUGGAUUUUUACAAACAAACCACGGAAAACUGGACUUGUGUAAACCUUGUAGAGUUUUAUCGUGCCAAUUCGAAACAAAAGGAGCGUAAAAAAGUACUGGACAACAUAAAGAAAGAUCUCGGAAAGGUGGUGAGCUCGGAAUCUGGUUUUGACGCGACGCGUAAAAAGAAAGCCCAAAAAAUAAUUGACAACUGGAAGGAUUGGACCAUGAUGAGCGAUGAUACAGAUUUCAAAUUCGAGUUUAAUCAGAUACAACAGCAGGUGCUCACGACGGGUAAUACUGUGACUAUUGAUAAUAUCGAUAAUCGUCGUGUAACUGGGAAACAUCUCAGAGAAGAUGAAAUGGAAACAACGGUUGAUGUAACUCCACUGAAGCAGGUGGAAAAGCUUCCUUGUGAAUUUGAAAUUCCUCAAACAAAGAGACCAAGAAAUGUUCCCCCUAUGAACCUGCAACAAGAAGCAAUCAUUGACGCUGAGCUGACAACUAGUGAUAAAUUCCAAGAAACUAAUACUAAAAAAGCAGGAAAGGUAAAUAGUUUGGAUUAUUCUGAUACAAGUUCUACAUCAGACCACAGGAAGGCAAAAACGUUUGAUGUCUCGUUUGACGAGUACGUUGGCUCAGGCGUGAACAUACAAGACAAAAGUGAUGAUAUAGCUGAGUCAAGCGAAGAUCUUGAGGACGAGAACGAUGAAGAGAUAAAAUUUAAUCUUGAUGACAUCUCAAGAGAAUUACAGCGUGAACCAGCGGUUAAAUGGGAGGUCGAUAAUAUUAACGUAACAGACAGAUUUCGAACCUACCAAAAAGAUAUACUUAAGAAGGCGGAACGAGAAGGUUUAGAUUAUAAAAACAUUUAUGAACUUCUAGCAUUAUCUUCAAUCAUUGUUCUCACAUGGCCGAAUCCAUACCCUAAUAUAUUCACAAAACGAGAGUGGGCAGAAGUUAUGAAAGCAAGUCCAUAUACUAUUAAAAACUCCCCGCUUUCAAAAGAAAUUUCAACGUCCCUUCAUGAAGCAAUUUGCAACAAUUUUAUCGGUGAAGAUGCUUAUAUGAUUAGUGGGAAAACGAAGCUAAGUCGAGAUGUAGCGUGCUCCUUUAAUGAUUUAUAUAAUGGCUUAUCAAUGUCCCCAUCAAAAACAAUGGAAAAAAUAACGGAAGAAGAGCAUUGUUACAUGUUUCUCUACCCAAUUACUAAACCCUUCUUCCUCAAUCCCUUAAGGGAGUACAAACUUGUUCUGAACCGUGCUACAUCAGGGUCAAGAAAAAGGCCCGAUCUUUCUUGUGUAGUCGACGAUAUCACCAUACUCAACUCGGAAAUUAAACCAUUAAAAUGUACUCCACUCCAGCAGAAAAAAGACACUGUGAAGACACACUUACGAGCCCGCAAAUCAAUUAAUAUGCAACUACAAAGAAAAGGUGGUCCAGCUGAAGCCGGUAUAUUUUUGAAUAUGGGCGAAUGGAUGGAGACGUUUUUCAUGGAUUUAAAGUAUGACGGAUUAUACCGUUCUUGGUUGUUCCAUAGAACAAAGCUGGUGGUCGAAAAGGCUUCAAUCCCGUUAGCGGAAUUUGCAAUUAGCCAUAUUAUCGCUUUGGAAGAACGUAUUGGGAAGCUUGCAGAAGACUACAAAUAUCGAGAUGGUCAAAAUCAAGAGGAUCGAAACGAUCAAAUUACACCACCUACAUCUUUCAUACGUAAAUUUCCAAAUACUCCACAA